CUCCGCUCAAAGGAAACUUCCAACAUUCUAUCUACCUACCUACACAAUCUUGUUCGUCAAACACGGCAGCCAGCUUGAUUGAUCUAUCAUCGAGGUCAUGGAACUUACUUGGAUUUCAGUACUAUUACUCUCAUUGAUUGAAUAAUCUGAGAACGAACAGGAGUAACCACCUCCGAAAAAAAAGGGGAACAAUUAAGAAAUAGAAAUAAAACCAAGAAGAAAGAGAACCCACCCCCGCUAGCCUGCGCCAUCCUAGACAAGUUCGCCAAAGAUCCCCGAAGUUUUCGACUACUUCCCGAAACCUUCAUCCUCGUCCACUCCCAACAUGAAUUCCCAGGAGCGUUGGGUCUCAAGACAGCAGGACCCAAGAGCCGGCCCCGGCGUCUACGACCCGUCGCGAGUCCUCGAUCGUCUGCACGAACCUAGCAUCCUCGUGCCCUUGGUCAUAUUGCUCUUGUCCGUACUCUAUACUGCUUCGAUCAGCCUGCCAUCGUUGAUCAGAAUAUUCUGGGACGGCCUGGUCACCGUCACGCCGGCGCGCCUGAUAUUCGCAGUCGACGGCUGGCUCAACCCCCCGGUGUUUCCUCGACCGGAGAUGUUGUCUCCUGCGGCGCAGCCAACUAGCCAUGCGGCCAAGAGCGAGGCGCUUCGGCGGAUACUAGGCGUGGAUUCAGGAGCGACCGGCUUGUUGGCGUCCGUGUCGCAGGUUGGGCGGCGCAUGCCCGGCUUUGGUGGUGGAGGAAUCGGAGGGGGAGGGGCCUCGAAGAAAGCCCAGGUAGCCCAGCCCGCUGGUCUAGGCAAUAUCAGCAACUCCUGCUAUCAGAACAGCAUUCUUCAGGGGCUGGCGGCUCUGAAACCGCUGCCGGCAUACUUGAACAUCCCCACAAACUCUAGGGGCUCCGAUUCUCGAGACAGCCCGGAAAAGGGCCCCGCAGCUACUUUACGCGAUCUGAUCUCACAGCUGAACGAUGCGGACAACAACGGCCGCACAUUAUGGACACCUUCAGUACUUAAAAAUAUGAGUACAUGGACGCAGCAAGAUGCAUCGGAAUACUAUCACAAGCUACUCGACGAGGUUGACGAGGAAAUCACCAAGGCUGCGCAAUCUAUGCAGAAAACAGCUGGACUGGAAAGCCUGGAGCCGUCUCCCUCGCCAGGCAAAGCCCCUUCUGAUGACGGGUCUGCCGCCAGUUUGCAUAGUGAAGACAGCGGCUACCAUAGCCUUUCCUCAACCUCCAAGGUCAGCCUCGUGGGCAGUGAGACCUUUACACCGCGCAACCCGCUGCUGGGACUUCAGGCCCAGCGUGUGGCAUGUGUAUCCUGUGGCUGGUCCGAGGGCCUGUCCAUGAUACCAUUCAACAGCAUCACCCUCAGCCUGGGCAUGGGUAAUCAGAAUCACGACUUGUAUGAGAGGCUAGAUGCUUAUACCAGCAUCGAAUCGAUACCGGGCGUUGAGUGUGGCAAGUGCACGCUGCUCAAGGCGCAGCGUCUCAUUAACACGCUGAUCGAGAGGAGCCGUGCUGGCGGAAAAGAGCCGGGGGACAUUCCCGAAGCCUACGCUCGCAUCGCAGCCAUCAAUGAGGCACUGGAGGAGGACGACUUUGACGAAAAGACUAUUUCUGGGCGGUGCAAGAUUUCACAAAAGGUCAAUUCCAUGAAGACGAAGCAGCUUGUUAUAGCCCGCGCCCCUCAGAGCCUGGCCAUACAUAUGAACCGGUCUGUAUUUGAUGAGAGGACGGGCCAACAGUACAAGAACUUUUCGCCGGUCCGCUUCCCUGCCAUCUUGGAUCUCGGGCCUUGGUGUUUGGGUAGCGCAGAGAGCAGCACUGCGGAUGCUAAGGAUGAUUCGGAGGUACCUUUACAAGAAAGGUCUAGCGAGAAUGAGCCCGGGACCAGCUCACCGUCGGAGUGCGACAGUGAUUACGAACGUUGGCUACUUGACCCAAAGAAAUCUAUGGUGGCUGGCGACAGACAGCCAUCGAGGAUCGUCGGGCCCAUAUAUGAGCUCAGGGCUGUCGUCACCCAUCAAGGCCGACAUGAGAACGGCCACUACAUCUGCUACAGGAAACAUCCGCGACCCACACGAGACUCUGACGGUGAGAAGCGUGAGGCUAGCGCACCUCCAAAUUUGUCACCGGACGGGGAGGGCAUUGACGACGCGUGCGGUGACAGAAAGGCAUCAUCCCUGGCAUAUGGCCAGUCGAACGUCUUGAACUCAGAGACCUCAAAAGGCAGCGCAGAGGUUGCACAGAAUGGCAGCAUCACCGCCGACGAUGAUCAGGAAGAAGACGACGUCGGAUGGUGGAGAUUAAGCGACCAGAACGUCGCCCGCGUUUCCGAAGAGGUUGUCAUGGCGCAAGGGGGCGUUUUCAUGCUGUUUUACGACUGCGUCGACCCCGUUCCUGUGCUUGCCUCGGAUGCUGACGCGGAUGUUGCUGCCGACCCCGACCCUGACGCCGACUCUGUGUCCAGGACGUCAAGUCGCGCUUCUCAACCUUUGAAUGAUGACGGAGAGGACAAUGAGAGUAUCAGUGAUAAGGCAGACUGACUUUGAGAUUACUGGCUUUCAUUUGGGAAAUAUCUGGAUACAAGAAUUUGUGAUUACGUCAUUUCAAGGCUGCAUAGCUCCAGGCGUUGUAUGAGUUUUUUUUUUUUUUUUGGCGGUCGUUUUUUUUUCUAUAUUUUUAACGGCGUUUUCCGAAAGGAUAAUCAAAUGUCCAGGGAUGUGCCUUUUAUGCCAGUAUUGGGAUUGACGGAAGUAGUGGAAAGUCUUUUUCUGCAAGCUGGAACAAACAAAAAUAAGGCUUUGGGGGACACACCCUUCACGCAGUAACCUAUUCUAGCCUCGGUGGCUCAUGCAUUCAACAUACCUCACUCAUACUGAAUCAUGCCUAUAAAACAGCAGAGUUAUUCCAUCUUCAGUGCUGUGGGAUAUCCAUCUGCUUUGUUUCCUAGCUACUGCGCAUGUCCUGGCUCACUGCAUGAUUUUGACAGAGGCCCACGAGGGAGACUUUCGCG